AUGAAAAAAUUGCUUUGGGGUGCCUUCUUUUAUGACUUUGAGGUAGAUGAUGAGCAAUGUCUUACUAAGGUUUUUUGGGCGGACCCCAUUUGUAGGAAAAACUAUGCUUUGUUUGGGGAUAUGGUCUCCUUUGAUACCACUUAUGAGACUAACCGGUACAAUAUGGUCUUUGGGCCUUUUACCGGUGUCGAUCACCAUAAAAGAUGUAUCACAUUUGGUGCCGGUUUCACUGCCAAGGAAGACAUAAGCUCCUUUGAGUGGUUGUUUACCACUUUCUUGAAGGCAAUGGGAAAUAAUGAACCCACUUGUUUGAUAACGGACCAAGAUCCGGCGAUGAAAGUUGCAGUGAGGAAGGUGUUUAAAAAAACAGAGCAUCGGUUUUGCAUGUGGCAUAUAAUGGAGAAGGUGUCGCUCAAAAUGGACCGAGAUCUUCUUAAAGAAACUGACUUUCAUGAGAAGUUACGUUUAUGUGUGUGGGACCUAGGAUUGGAGCCUUUAGAAUUUGAAGAAAAAUGGAAUAAACUGAUUGGUGAGUUUAAGUUGGAAACACAUGAGUGGCUAACUGAGUUGUAUAAGAUAAGAAAGCUAUGGAUCCCUGCUUAUUUUAGAGAUUUAUUCUUGGGUGGGAUCAUGAAGACAACUUCAAGGUCGGAAAGUGAAAAUCAUUUCUUUACCUCCUUCACUAAUCCCCAUGUUACUCUUGUAGAGUUCUACAUGCGCUUCGAAACUGCAAUGGAUUCACAAAGACACUCACAAGCUGAAUUUGACAAUGACUCCAAGAAUAAAUUUCCAGAAUGCAAGACACCAUUACUCAUUGAGAAGCAUGCUUCAGAGGUGUUUACUUGCUCUAUAUUUUAUCAGGUUCAAGAGGAGGUGUAUAGUGCUUGUUUUUCUUGUGGGAUUGAAGAGUUCAGAAGAGAAAAUGACUUGGAAAUUGCCAAGAUAAAUGAGGUGAAUCGUAAAAGAACUUUUGAGGUGGUGUUUAAUAACACCAAUUAUGAAACGAAUUGUUCAUGCAAGAUGUUUCAGAGACAUGGCUUACCUUGUAGGCAUAUGGUUUGGGUAUGGAAGGCAAAGAACAUAACCAUGAUUCCCGAUAAAUAUGUUCUUAACAGAUGGACUACAAUGGCAACAAAAAAGCCAAUCUUUGACUUGGAAGGAAAUAUUUUAGACCAAUGCACUAGAUUGGUGGACAAGAAGAAAACUUUGAAUGAGUUAUGGUCUGAGAUCUAUAGUUGUGUAAGUGUGGCUGAGCAAAAUGAAGAAGAUCUCACUGAACUUGUUAAAAACCUUCGCGACUUGAGAUUGGACAUGGAGGCCAAAAAGAGUGCAAACAACACUCGUAGCAAAACACAAGACAUAGAGCUCCUAAUUGGAUCAGUGGCGCCUAGUGAAAUAACCAUCAAACCUCCAAAGAUAUCAAGUAACAAGGGUAGUGGACUAGAAGUGGAAAAAGGAUAA